AUGUCUGGCGCCGAAGCGCUCACAGUUUUUGGCCUUGUGUGCAACGUCAUGCAGGUGAUUGGUUUUGUGCAAGAUGGAGCCCAUUUGGCCAAAGCUAUCUACAAAUACGGAUCUCUGGACCCUAACCUCGCACAGACAAGCGAUUACAUAAAGGGAGGCUUGGAGAGAUUGAGGGACUCGUUGGAGAAGGGAAGACCUCUUGUUCAAGACGAGAAGGAGCUGCUAGACAUUGCGAAAGGCAGUCUAGAGACCGCAGAGGAGUUAAAGGUCGAGCUAGACAACAUCGCAGGCACAGCAGCCAAGGGAAAGCAUUCCGCCGCCUUCCGUGGAUGGCUCAAAGCCGCCCUGGGUGGGAAAAGGAGGAAGGUCGAGAGACUGGAGAAGGUGAUGCAUGAUCGUCAACAGGUUCUAGAGAGUCGACUCAUAGCUCACAUCUGCAGCCAGAACGAUGCACUCCUUCUUGAACAACAAGUAAAUUUUAACAGUCUCGACCGGGCAUUACAAGGCUUCAUUGAAUGCUGUGCCCGCAACCAGACGACUCUUGACCAGCUCAUUCAGAGAGGGUUUCUAACUAUGACGACACAUAUCGAUAGUAAGCUAGGAGCUCUCGAGCAGUCGGUUGAAACCAGCCUUUCCUCCGGUAGAAGCCAGCUCCAGGACAACAUAUUGUCUCGUUUACAAGAGCUUACACACCAUCGGAUUGAAAAAGAAGAGCAUGAGAGGCUGUUGGGAAGCUUGCAUUAUGAAACAAUGAAGGCUCGGCGGAACCAUAUUAUAGCUAAUCACGACGAUACCUUUUCCUGGAUCUUCCAUCCUCAACAUAGCAAUAGUGAUGCUAAUAACCAGGAUGGAUUUGUGGAAUGGCUGCAAUUCCCUAGACAACGCCUAUUCUGGAUCAAUGGCAAAGCAGGCUCGGGAAAAAGCGUCCUAAUGAAGUUUUUGGUCGUCAAUCCGCGCACCCAGUCCAUCCUUAAUGAUGCAAACGGAACCACCAUCGUCUUGUCCCAUUUCCUAUGGACUGCAGGGAAGCCACUUGAACGAAAUAUGAAAGGGCUCCUUUGCUCUUUGAUUUACCAGCUUUUAGACACAAAGCCAGAUAUCUGUCGGGUCGUCUUGGAGAAGGUUCCAACCUCAAGACGGAAGAGAUUUCCCGGUGAUUGGUCCACCAAUGAACUCCUUGCUCUUUUUGUUGAUGUGGUUCCGGCCUGUGGACAGCAUUUUUGCAUCUUCCUGGACGGUGUUGAUGAAAUGGACGACUACAUGGCUCUGUUCGGCCUUCUGGAUCAAUUGUGUUCUCUACCGCGGCUGCAGGUCUGCGUCUCGAGCCGACAAGAGCCUGCGUUGCAACGACGCUUUCAUAGCUACCCCCAGUUUCGGGCGCAGGAUUUGACCCGACUUGACAUCGAAAAGUACGCCCACGAUACUUUGCAAAGGUUAUACGUCGACGACGCAGAGACCAUUAGCCGCCUGGUGUCCACCAUCUGUUCCAAGGCGGACGGGGUAUUCCUAUGGGUUGCUUUGGCCCUACAGAGCAUUCAAACAGGGCACCACAACCACGACAGCCCGGCCGAGCUGGAAGAACAGCGUCUGAAUUCGCUUCCCAACGAUCUCAACACGCUCUAUCAACAGAUGUGGCGGCGGCUCAACGACAGCGAGGCUGUAUAUCUGGAAACAGCCGCUCGGUAUUUCAACCUCAUGUUGGAAUGUGUAGGCGACCUUAAUCUCACCCAAACAGCGAGUCCGUUGCUAUUGGCUCUAGCACUGCAACCGGGGCUGGCAGCCGCGGUCGUGACAGAGGAUAUCGAAUCCUGGGAGGAGGCACUAGACAGAGAAUGCGAGAUGAUAUCGGAGCGGUUGCCGAUCCGGUGUGCGGGCUUACUGGAAGUGACUACGGAUGGGACUGUGACGCUCAUACAUCGGUCCGCCCAGGAAUUUCUCAUGAACACGCCAGAGGGUCAACGCAUACGCCGCGCAGACCCAUCACCACGCGAAGCCCGCCGUCUGAAUCUCAUGCGGGGAUUACUUGGCUGCUGCAGGCUGGAGAUAGAGGCUAAGGCGCAGACACUCCCUCCCCGUAUCCUCAACCUCUGCCAACCCCUCGGUCGCAAGUUCACAAUUGCGAGUAUAUUCUUUGGAUCGUGCCGCGACAAUUUAUCUCCAGAAAGUGCCGACGAACUGUUGAGCCUAGCACAAGCGCUCUAUUCAAUGGGGGAAUGGGUCUUUGAUAAUUCCUGCUACCUGCACCCGGAUUUCAUCGGCGCCGUCGCCCGCGCGGGUUUCUUUACCCAGGCACGAGCCGGAUUUGCCCAGCUCGCUGGCGAUGCUCCCCACGGCAAGAGGAUUUCGACGAUUUAUCAGGCAUAUAUCCUGGAAUCUGUGUUUGAUGCAGUAAAGUGGGGCCAAGUCACGUCCGCCCAGGAUCUUGCUUUCCUUCGCGCACUUGGCAACACGUCCCCCAUCCGAUACGCCGGGCAUAGGACUAUCAACUUUCAUCAAUCACUUGUUGAAUCGGUUGGAGACCUAGUCCCUCCAUUCUAUCUCACCGGCGAUCCGUUGGAGAUUCUCCUGGAAGCGUCGCUUGAUGACGACUUGCCGGGAAGAUACAACUCUCUGGAUCUUAUGAUCAGUCUUCUCGAAGGGGGCUAUAAUCCCUCCAACCGGAGAGUCAUCUUACUCGAUGCCUUCGCCCCCGAGUUGUCACACAUAUUCAGAUAUCACGCCUUCAGCUAUCCAGAAUUCUUGCGAGGAGGGACGCUGCUCAUUGAAGUGAAUACGUCCUUUCUUUUAACCCUGUUCGUACGGCUGCUAGCUAGCCAGCAGUCACUCUUCCCGUAUUUCGAUUUCCCCGCGUUAUUUGAAAGACUGAAGACCGUGGUGGAAGGCUUGACUACAUUGGCAUUUUCACGACUGCUUGCCUUUGUUCCCGAGUAUACCAGAGCUGAUGGUAUACACCCUGAGAACAGACCUGCCGAGGAGGAUUCCCAGGAUGUUUAUGGCGGAUAUGGAGACUCCGAGGAUGAGCAGUCUGAUGAGGAAGAUCUUGAGAUCGAGGGGGAUUCCGACAGUGAUUAUUACGAGAGGAACGAGUCGGAACGGAGAGCUUGGGCCAGUUCCACGGACGUACUCAUCCCUUGUACCGCCGAAGAUAGCAAUGCUGUUCUUACCGCCCUUUCCGGCGAUAUCUUUACCUCCAUUGCACUUGGGACAGACGGCUGCCUGCUCGGGAAGCUGGAGAUCCCCGACUUUGAGUCCAGGCUUCGGCAGAUCUUGCCAAAUGCCAGACGUAUUACGGUGCAGGAGCUGGAAGAAGCCUUGAUCCGGGAUGAUUUUCUGGUGCCAUGGAGCCUCGGGCCGGACUACUGGCCGCCCAAGGAGGUUUAUUCUGAUCAGGAUUUAUUCACUUGA